AAUCUCCACCGCUUAUUUACAUCAAAACCGAGAAGGAAAAAAUGGUGGUAACCGACAAACCUAAAAUCAAUGAAGAUUCCAACUACAACCGGCAAAAGGAACUGAAAGCAUUCGCCGAUUCAAAAGCCGGCGUCAAAGGUCUGGUCGAUGCCGGAAUCACCAAGGUCCCUCGUAUGUUCAUCGUGCCGCCUAACUCAACAAGCAGUCCGACGAUUACCGAGAAAACCCAGUUCAGAAUCCCGGUCAUUGAUCUAAAAGGCAUCACAGAUGACCCGUUGCGGCACAACGAGACCGUCGAGCACGUCAGGCAUGCAUCGGAAACAUGGGAUUUUUUCCAGGUCGUAAACCAUGGGAUACCUUUAAGCCUUCUCGAAGAGAUGAAACAUGGAGUUCGAAGAUUUCACGAGCUCGAUGUGGAGGAGAAGAAAGCGUAUUACGCAGAGAUACGGACACGAAAUUCAGGUACACGAGCAACUUCGAUUUGUUCACUGCUCCGUUUGCGAAUUGGAGAGAUACAUGCUUCUGUAUCAUGGCUCCUGAUGGUCCUAAGCCUGAAAAAUUGCCUGCUGUGUUGA